AUGCCGCGAGCCGAAGCGGGGAGCACCAAAUCCCUCAGCAAUAAGAUGAAAGCCAAAGGCUUAGGUCGGCUACGGUGGUACUGUCAAGCAUGUGAGCGCCAGAUGCGCGAUGAGAACGGGUUCAAGUGCCACGUCGCAAGCGAAAGCCAUGUCCGACAGGUCCUGCUCAUUGGCGAGGACCCGAAGCGGUAUAUCGAAGAUUACAGCAAGCAGUUUAUCAAAAAUUUCAUAGAUCUGUUGAAGUCUACGCACGGCGAGAAGAAGGUGCAUAUCAACCAGUUCUACCAGCAGGUUAUUGCUGAUAAGGAGCACAUUCACAUGAACGCGACGAAGUGGAAGAGUCUUAACCAGUUUGCGGCGCAUCUUGGUCGCGAGGGCCUGUGUCAUGUUGAGGAGACGGAAAAGGGCCUUUUCGUUUCAUAUAUCGAUCGGAGUCCGGAUGCGAUGCGGCGACGGGAGGCGAUCAUGAAGAAGGAACGGCAGGAUCGGGGUGAUGAGGAGCGAGAGCAGCGGUUGAUCCAGGAACAGGUUGAGCGUGCGCGGGUGAAUGAGAAGGAGCAGGAGGAAGACAUCGAUCCCGAGGCAAGGAAUCUACAGCGCAAGGAGGGAGAGAAAGUGAAGCUGAAUAUUGGAUUUGGUGCGAAGCCUACGCCACCUGCCGCCGAACAGUCGCAGACACAGUCGCCUGAGGAGAAGGAAAAGGAAACUUCCUCAGCAACCCCGGAGGACUCAUCAGCCGCCGCCUCCCCUGCGCCGACGCAAGCUCCUCAAGCCGCGCCGAAGGUGUCUUUGUCGUUAGGAGGUGGUAAUGGCAAGCCGAAGAACGUGUUCGCAUCCGCAGCGAAGAAGAACCCGCUAGCGGGGAAGAAGGGAUCUGUCAUGCCCCAGCCGAAGAAAAUGACAGAGCAGGAGCGAAUCAUGAAACAAGAGAUGGAGGCCAUGCAGCGGAAGCGCUUGGGCGGCGGAGGAAUGCCGAACCCCAAACGGCCGAAAGUUUCAUGA